AUGAGAUCAGGCGUUGAAUUGGAAAUCAAUGAUUUCGACAGCAUCCCACUGAGAAUCGCAGAGCAGGUGCAGGAUCAAAUACUGGAACAGAAGAAGAAAGUUAUUGCCGAACCAAUCAAGCUGCUGCGAGAUUCUAUAAAGCUCGGUAUGAUGUUAGCUGGCAAAAACGUUUCUGGAUUCGAUAACAAAACGGUUCGCCUUGCUUCGCCAAAAUUUUUUGGCAUCGUUCCCGAAGAGUACAGCAAUGAUGAGACUCGCCUACUCUCCCCGUCACUUUUCAAUUUACAUGAAGAGGGUGAUGAAGUGGAGAAACUGUUCAGCAUUCCAAGCUUUAUUCGAGCAAUCAAGUCCAUUGGGAGUGGCGAUCACGAGGAUUUCCUGGAUUUCAUUUUCGAGGCUGCUGGCGUCACCGAUGCUCUCGACUUUGCCAAGGAGAAACUGAGGCAGAAAGAUGAGACUGUGAAUACGGCGCGAGGUAUCGAUGGGCAGCCGCUGUAUUUCACCAAAUCCAACGUGACCGAGUUGUACGGUGACGUGGAAAAACGCAAAAUCGACACAUUCGAAACACUUUAUGCCUCCUUGACGCCAGAGCAAGUAAGAUGCUAG